CUCCCCUGGCAGCACCCCAGGGCCCCCAGCCCCAUGGCUCACCACAGCAUCCACCUCUUUCGCAAGGGCCUUCGGCUCCAUGACAACCCAACCCUGCUGGCUGCCCUCCAGUCCUCCCAGCUCCUCUACCCUCUCUACAUCCUGGACCAAAACUUCCUCUCCUCUGUGCUGCACAUGGGGGCCCUGCGCUGGCAUUUUCUGCUCCAGUCCCUGGAGGACCUCCAGCAGAACCUCUGCCAGCUGGGCUCCUGCCUGCUGGUGGCCCAAGGAGACUAUGAAGCUGUGCUCAGGGAGCUGGUCCAGCAGUGGAACAUCACCCAGGUGACUCUGGAUGCAGAGGUGGAACCAUUCUACAAGGAGAUGGAGGCCAAGAUCCGAUGCCUGGGGGAGGAGCUGGGCUUUGAGGUGCUGUCCCUGGUGGGCCACAGUCUGUAUGACACCAAACGAGUUUUGGACCUGAAUGGUGGGAGCCCACCCCUGACAUACAAGAGGUUCCUCCACAUUCUGUCCCUGCUUGGUGACCCUGAGCUGCCUGUCAGGAACCUUACAGCUGAAGACUUCCAGAGAUGCCAGCCCCCUGCCCCGGGCCUGGCUGAGCGUUACAGGGUGCCCCUCCCCGCGGACCUGAAGGUGCCUGCGCAGAGCCUCUCCCCCUGGAGGGGAGGAGAGUCCGAAGGGCUUCAGCGUCUGGAGCGGCACCUGGCAGACCAGGGCUGGGUGACAACUUUUACUAAACCAAAGACAAUCCCCAACUCACUGCUGCCAAGCACCACAGGCCUGAGCCCCUAUUUCAGCCUGGGCUGUCUGUCUGUCCGUACCUUCUUUUAUAGGCUGGCAAAGAUUUAUGCCCAGGCCAAGCAUCACUCUCUGCCUCCAGUGUCCCUCCAAGGGCAGCUUCUCUGGAGGGAAUUCUUCUACACAGUGGCAUCAGCAACCCCAAACUUCACCAGGAUGGCAGGGAACCCCAUCUGCCUGCAGAUCAGCUGGGCUGAGGAUGCAGAGAGGCUCCACAGAUGGAAAACGGCCCAGACAGGGUUCCCCUGGAUCGAUGCCAUCAUGACCCAGCUGCGCCAGGAGGGUUGGAUCCAUCACCUCGCUCGCCACGCCGCCGCCUGCUUCCUGACACGAGGAGACCUUUGGAUCAGCUGGGAGGAGGGCAUGAAGGUGUUUGAGGAGCUGCUGUUGGAUGCUGACUACAGCAUCAACGCAGGGAACUGGCUGUGGCUCUCAGCCAGUGCCUUCUGCCCCCAGUCCCGCCGCAUCCUCUGCCCCGUGCGCUUCGGCCGCCGCACCGACCCCCAGGGACACUACAUCAGGAAAUAUUUGCCCAUACUGAAGAACUUUACCUCCAAGCACAUCUAUGAGCCCUGGACAGCAUCUGAGGAGGAGCAGAAGCAAGCAGGGUGCAUCAUAGGUCAGGACUACCCCUUCCCAAUGGUGAACCACAAGGAAGUCAGUGACCACAACCUGGAGCUGAUGAAGCAGGCCAGGGAGGAGCAGCACAGGACAGCUCAGCUCACCAGAGAUGACUCAGCUGAGCCAAGGGACCUGAAGGUCAGACAUGAGCACUCAGAAGAAAACCUCCCCAGAGGGAAGGUGCCCAGGGUGACAGAGUGA